UUUCCAUUUUAUCUAUCUGCGUACUAUAUCUUGUGCUUUGGUUGUACUUCCUACCUAGAUCCAAAAGGGUUUGAAAAAUAAAUGUUUUACUUAGAAUAACAUAUCAUUAGAAAAUCCUAACUCUUAAUUCUAAAAUGGUACUCAUUACUAAUUUAUUAUGAAUGCAUGGAGGAAAAAUACCAAAAAAGAAUUCUAUCCCAUUGAAUAUUUUUAGCAUUUUGAACUGGAGAGGACGGUACAGAGGCAAACAGAGAAAGACCAGGCAGUAGCUGGUAAUUAAAAUAACUCAUUGACAUCUCAACAAAUCAAAGGGAAGUCUGUUCAUUAUAUCAUCAGCAUGAUUAAAGUGCCAGCUGUGGCAAACCACAACCCUAGACAAUGUGUUUUCAGUGGUACUAUUAAAGGGAUACGUCGAGAACUCGCAUUCAUCUGUCUUACCUGAAUUUAGAUGAGAUGUUUAAUUUAGUGUGAGUCUAGAAGGGGUGUUUUUUCUUUGUAAGCAUUGGUUAUCUAUUAGGCGUCUUCAAGGAAUUGCAGAGCUUCAGCUCCUCAUGUGAGAAAAAUACGUUUUUAAUUUACAAAGACUUACAAUGUUCAGAAUAGUCACUAAUUCAAAAGGAAUGCCAGUACCAACAAAACAAGAAGCCGUUUGCAAGCAUAUCAAGGACUAGUAGAAGUAGUGUGAGUAGUGAGUAGCUACAAGCUACUUCGGCUUUCUAAAAUACAUUUGAUACAUUGCUUAUUUUAGCUGGUAAGAAGGUUAAAUGUGGGUAUUAGGUAAGAGGUUAAAAACAGCAGAUCUAUAGAGGUGAAAGGUAUAAUAAGUCAAAUGUCCACAUCCAUUAGUCUUGAAACGCAGACACUUAUUUUGUUUGGAUAUUUGCUAACAUUAUUUGUAUAGACUAUUAGGUAUAAGAAUACUAAUGACUUGACUGUGGCAUUGCUCAAUUUACUGUCUGAUCUCACCUGACAGCCAUUGGCUACAUUACUUUGUGAGAAACGUCAACACAUUGCAGCAAGGAUAGGAGCAGAUUUGUGUGUAUUAUAUUGUUGUGUAAUGAAGGGGAAAAGGACAAGUGUCUCCACUCUAUUUCUUGUUGUUCCUUUAAAUUGACCUACUGACUCUGCUGGUGAGUACCAUAUUUUUUAUUGUUUCAUUGUUUUGCUCUGUAUGGGUAGAUUCUUCCCUUUUUGGACUCCUAAGAAUCAUUUUACAUGUGAAUUACUUAUGGCUCCAUCUCAAACGAUCUAUAUGUUUUCACUUGUAAGAAUAUGAAGGAAUGUAAACCAAAUAGCUAGUAUUAUUUAUGGACUUACCAUGUUUUUCCUCCAGAAUAAUGGGGUCCAGUCAUCUCAUCUGUAGUUUCAUUGGUGUCGUGGUCCUCCUGUGGAAGCCGACCGGCUUUUCAGCUGCAUCCCGCAUUAACGUGGCGUUGAGCGGCACGGCUAUUCAGUCUACAACCAUCUCAGACAGCGGGAAGGCUGAACACUCCAUUGAUGGGAACACCGACCCUGUGUGGUCGCACACCAGCUGCAGCCGUACCGAGGAAGAGGCUGAACCAUGGUGGAGGCUGGAGCUGCCUGGUGUGUACCGGGUGUCAGAGAUCCAGGUCACUAAUAGGGAGACCAAUAGGGAGAGGCUGAACGGCAUUGAAAUACUCAUCGGGAAUUCACUGGUGAACAACGGAAACGACAACUCAAGGUGUGCCAUAAUCAACGAUGACCCAGGCUGCUUGACUCAGACUGUCAAGUGUUGGGGAAUGGAAGGAAGGUUCAUCAACUUAUACCAGUCCUUUGAUGUAGCAGACGUUUUGACGUUUUGUGAGGUCAAAGUGUACGGAGAGCCUGCUGCACCCUCCAUGAGCACUCAGGUGAUGGGGAGGAACAUCACUCUGGUGGGGACGCCGCUGUGCUGGUCAGACGCCCUGCUCUACUGCAGAGACUCUCACUGGGACCUGCUAAGCCUCUUGGGCCCAGAAGACCAGGAGAUGGUUGAUGAGCUGGUGGCUCGGACCCCCUUCCCACUAACCAGCCACCUCUGGGUGGGCCUGCGCAGGUCCCUCUCAGGAAGCUCCUGGUUUUGGAUGUCCGGUGACCCGAUGGACUUCAGCCAAUGGGACGACGGCUCACACCAUCCCUCCCCCUGUGGGGGCGUGUCCAGCGUGGAACCUUCCACAUGGAGGCAACGCUCCUGUGAAGAACAUCUUAACUUCAUCUGUUUCACAGGUCCAACAGAAGGAGUGAAUAAGUUGCGCUUCUAUAGUUCCACAAGAGAGGAUCAAACUCACUGCACCUAACUUGGCCUCAUUGGGGAAUAAAGUGGCUGAUUCCGAAGAUGUCCUAAGUAGAGUGAAGGUUCAGAAGCUUUAGCUCAGAGUGUCUGGUAGCUUGCUAGUUCUGCAUUUUGUCAUUUUAGGCUUUGUGACAGGCCAUAUUUUGUUCAAGCAUAGCAUAAAGGAUAUAUUUACUUUGUUAUCAAUUACCUUAUUUAUGAGCAGAUGUAGGACUGUCAUGCAUGGGUUCAAGAUGAAAACAGUAAACAUCGGUUUGGGGCUUCUCCACAGCCUCAAUUUGGGGUUGGGGGUUUGUGGAGUGAGUGUGGUGGAUGACUGGUUGAGGCAGCCUCACCUGGCCCGAGUCAGACUGAUUGGACUCUGGGGCUGGCUGAGGCUGCACUCAGGGAGAUUACCUACAUUGCAAUAUGGAGCACUAUCUUCAUGUCUCAUUGUCUGCAAACUCUGCAAUAAACCGGCUUUAAACAUU